ACGGAAACUCAUCUAAAGAUCAACGAAUUUUGUCGCUAAUAAUCGUGGGUUUCAAUGGAACCACGUUGCGGAUAGAAAUGUUUCCGGCUUCUCCACCUUACCGCUUCCUCUGAUAUUUGGUCCAAGCUGUAUUAGACUGUUCAUUUCAGUUUAUUAACUCUCUCUAAUGGAAUUUCGCAUUCUUCAACAGUCUCCCUCGCGUUAUGCAGGGAGUUUCCUUUGCUUGGUCAAUCCCCGGUUGGGAAUUCGGAAGUUUUUUGGUUGGUCUUCGGCGAACACGACGUUUCUGCAGAAGAUGUCUUUACGAAUUGAACCUAGGAGACAACCACAAUAUCGUUCGGAAGUUAAUAGAGGGGCUGUACUCUGUUCAACUAGUUUAAAUGACAGUCCGCUGGCGAACUAUGAUAACGUGAAAAUUGUUUAUUCUAUAGCGGCUGCCACGGGUCAUAAUAAGGAAUCUCAUCCAGAAUCUCAUCUCAGGGUUCCUGCAAUAGCAAAUGCUCUUGAAGAUAUGGAACUCACACCUAAGUUUCUAGGCUCAAACGUCAUUCAACUUGAAAAUUACAAACCUGCUUCAGUUGAUGACAUUGUGAGUGUUCAUUCAAAAUCAUACGUGGCCGGCCUUGAGAAGGCUAUGGAUAGGGCUUCUCGAGAUGGACUUAUUUUAAUUGAAGGCUCUGGACCGACGUAUGCCACUGCCACUACAUUUAAUGAAUCACUAGUUGCAGCUGGAGCAGGAAUUUCUUUAGUUGACUCAGUGGUCAAAGCGUCACAAACCCACAAGAAUCCACCAAUUGGUUUUGCAUUGAUAAGACCUCCAGGACAUCAUGCUGUCCCCAAGGGACCGAUGGGAUUCUGUGUUUUUGGGAACGUAGCUAUUGCAGCUCGUUAUGCUCAACGUGUGCAUGGAUUGAAACGUGUCUUUAUUAUAGAUUUUGAUGCUCACCAUGGGAAUGGAACAAGUGAUGCAUUCUAUGAUGAUUCAGAUAUAUUCUUCCUUUCGACUCACCAAGAUGGAAGUUACCCUGGAACUGGUAAAAUCGACGAAGUGGGUUGUGGAGAUGGAGAAGGAACAACUCUGAAUAUUCCUCUACCGGGAGGCUCAGGUGAUUAUGCCAUGAAAAUGGUGUUUGAUGAAGUAAUUGUACCCUGUGCUCAAAGAUUUAAGCCUGAUAUCAUUCUUGUCUCUGCUGGGUAUGAUGCUCAUGUGUUAGAUCCAUUAGCCAAUCUGCAAUUCACGACCGGAACAUACUACAUGCUCGCAUCCAAUAUUAAACAACUGGCAAAGGAGUUAUGCGGAGGUCGAUGUAUUUUUUUCCUAGAAGGAGGUUAUAACCUUGAGUCUCUUUCGUAUUCAGUGGCUGAUUCGUUCCGUGCAUUUCUUGAUGAGCCAAGCAUGGCGUCAGAGUUUGAUAACCCUGCAAUCUUGUAUGAAGAACCAUCAAGGAAGUUUAAGCAAGUGAUCCAGAAAGUGAAACAAAUACAUUCACUUUAAGGUUGAAAUUAUGAACUUCUUUGUAAUUUAUUAUAAAUUACAAGUUGAUCUGAUUACCUGAAUUGUAAGUUUGUAACUAGAAGAUGAAUAUUUGAUGAGCACGUCUUCAGAGAAAGGAAAUAUAAAUCAAUCAUAUCUUGUUGUACAUGAGGAUUUAGACUUGUUUGAUCCAAUGUACUUUUAGGUGGGGCUGACAGUAGGGCCAAUGAGCCAAGACAUAGAAUGCAGGCCUGUGAUGGAAGUGGAAGAACAGAUAAAUUGUUCUCCAAUCCAAUGCUCUCAGUAAUUUCUACCAAGUUUUCCUUGGCAACUGUUCUGGAGAAGCCAUUAGAUCAAUAUUGGUAACUCGUAGCUUUUGAA